GGGAGCCUGAUCUCUCCAAGGUGGUACCUGAUGAAGCCACAAUCCUUGAUGGUCCUGCUGAGGAGGAUCCUACAGAGGAGCGCAGGUACUGCUGUGGGGAGUGUGGCAAAGCCUUCCUGCAGCUCUGCCACCUCAAGAAGCACCGCUUUGUCCAUGCUGGCCACAAGCCCCUCCUGUGCACAGAGUGCGGCAAGAGCUAUAGUUCAGAGGAGAGCUUCAAGGCCCACGCGUUGGCCCACCGGGGCGUGCGGCCUUUCCCGUGCACCCAGUGCGACAAGGCUUACCGCACCAAGCGAGACCUGCAGGAGCACCAGGUCCUGCACACGGGCCAGCGCCCCUUCUCCUGCGAGCAGUGCAGCAAGACCUUUGCACGCCGGCCCUCUCUCCGCAGUCACAGGAAGAUCCACAUAGCCGCAGGGACCGGUCCCGCUGGUCCUAAGGGAUGCCAGUGUGCCAUAUGUGGACAUCAUCUGGCCACCCCCGGCUCCUUGCGCAACCACGUGCACCUGCACACAGGGAAACGCCCUUACGCCUGUCCCUACUGCGGCAAGGACUUCCGACAGCAGAGCAACCUGCGCGAGCACCUCCGCUUACACACGGGCGAGAAGCCCUACAAGUGCCGCUUCUGCAGUGACGCCUUCCCCAAGCUGCCGGAGCUGCGGCGACACCUCAUCUCCCACACGGGCGAGGCCCACCUCUGCACCGUCUGCAGCAAAGCACUGCGGGACCCCCACACGCUGCGUGCCCACAAGUGCUUGCAGACGGGCGAGCGCCCUUUCCGCUGCGAGCAGUGCAGCAAGUCCUACACUCUGGCCACGAAGCUGCGCCGCCACCAGAAAUCCCACCUGGCUGACAAGCCCUACAAAUGUGAGCUCUGCGGCCUGGGCUACACCCUUCCCCAGAGCCUCGCCCGCCACGCGCUCACCCACAAGGCAGAAAAGAACCGUGAGGAACUCCCUACUGCAGUGGAGGAGGUUGCAGCAGAGCCCACCUUGCUCAUGCCUCAAUGCAGCCCUGUAGAUCCUGGGGCACACGGGAGGCCUGAUGGGUGUUUGCCAUCAGCAAAGGACAUCAUUGAAAUCAGCAUCUCGGAGCACAAGGACAAGUGUGUUAUAGUGCAGGAUGAGGGCUCACCAAGUGAUGUGGUCAUCAUCCAGGAGGGGAUGGGCUUCGGAGCAGUGGCACAAGUGGUGGAGGUUGAGACUGGGACCUGA